UCCGCGUUACACCCAGUAGUAGCCUUAUAUGCUGCACCGUGUACAACAGAUACAUUUUCCAAUUUCAUCUUGGCUACAUCGGACGUCCACCUCACCAUUUUAUCCAAGCAAGGUUCACACGUUGAUACAGUUGUGGUGCUGAAGUAAGGAUCACACCUCGAUGCGGUAUUGGUGCUCAAGAAGGCACUGUGGAAACCAUCCGAGGUAUUUGGAAACCAAAGUGACAGCUCCGCGCACAGACCCAGGAGAAGGAAACAAGAUGCCGAAAGCUGUCAAUGUUCGCGUCACCACCAUGGACGCUGAGCUGGAGUUUGCCGUUCAGCCCAGCACCACUGGCAAACAGCUCUUUGACCAGGUAGUAAAGACCAUUGGCUUGAGGGAAGUCUGGUACUUUGGCCUUCAGUAUAUGGACGGCAAAGGAUACCUCACCUGGCUGAAGCUUGACAAAAAGGUGUCGUCCCAGGAUGUGAAGAAGGAGAACCCGCUGCAGUUCAAGUUCCGCGCCAAGUUCUUCCCCGAGGACGUUUCUGAGGAGCUGAUCCAGGACAUCACCCAGAAGUUGUUUUUCCUGCAGGUGAAGGAGGGCAUCCUGAGCGACGAGGUCUACUGCCCCCCAGAGACCGCCGUGCUGCUGGCCUCCUACUCCGUCCAGGCCAAGUUCGGAGACUUCACCCGGGACCUCCACCGUCCCGGCUACCUCACCUCAGACCGCCUGCUGCCCCAGCGUGUUCUGGAGCAGCACAAGUUGUCCAGGGAGCAGUGGGAGGAGAGGAUCCAGGUGUGGCAUGAGGAACACCGUGGAAUGCUCAAAGAGGAUGCCAUGCUGGAGUACCUGAAGAUCGCCCAGGACCUGGAGAUGUACGGCGUCAACUACUUUGACAUCAAAAACAAGAAGGGAACCGAGCUGUGGCUGGGUGUGGACGCCCUUGGACUCAACAUCUACGAGAAGGAAGACAAACUGACCCCAAAGAUUGGCUUCCCCUGGAGUGAGAUCAGAAACAUCUCCUUCAACGACAAGAAGUUCAUCAUCAAGCCCAUCGACAAGAAGGCCCCGGACUUUGUGUUCUACGCCCCUCGCCUGCGCAUCAACAAGCGCAUCCUGCAGCUGUGCAUGGGCAACCACGAGCUGUACAUGCGCCGCCGCAAGCCCGACACCAUCGAGGUGCAGCAGAUGAAGGCCCAGGCCCGCGAGGACAAACACCAGAAACAGUUGGAGAGGGCCCAGCUGGAGAACGAGAAGAAGAAGAGGGAGGCCAUCGAGAAAGAGAAGGAGCAGAUGGAGAGAGAGAAGCAGGAGCUGAUGAUGAGGCUCUACCAGUUCGAGGAGAAGACCAAGAGGGCAGAGAAAGACCUUCAGGAGCAGAUGCAACGUGCCAUGCAGCUGGAGGUGGAGAGGAGGAUGGCGGAGGACGAGGCAGCCCGCCUUGAGUCUGAGCGUCAGGCCGCCCUGCUGGCCAAGGAGGAGCUGGCCCGCCACGCCCAGGACCAGAUGCACAACCAGGAGCAGCUGGCAGCGGAGCUGGCCGAGCACACGGCUAAGAUCGCCCUGCUGGAGGAGGCCAAGAGACGCAAGGAGGAAGAGGCCGACACAUGGCAGCACAGGGCUCAGGAGGCCCAGGACGACCUGCUGAAGACCAAGGAGGAGCUGCACAUGGUGAUGACGGCUCCCCCUCCGCUGCCCCCUCCCCCCAUGUUUGUGGAGGUGCCCAUGUUUGUGGACAACCACGAGGUGAUGACUAUGGCGGAGGAGCAGAACGACCACGACAGUGAAGAGAACAACAGCACCUACAGCGCCGACCUGCAGAACGAGGGCUUCAACGACCACCGCUUGGAGGAGGAGCGUCUCACUGAGGCCGAGAAGAACGAGCGCGUGCAGAAACAGCUUAUGGCCCUGAGCUCGGAGCUGGCCCAGGCGCGUGACGACACUAAGCAUACCCAGAACGACCUGCUCCACACAGAGAAUGUGCGCGCCGGCCGGGACAAGUACAAGACCCUGCGGCAGAUCCGAUCAGGCAACACCAAGCAGAGAAUCGACGAGUUUGAAGCCUUAUAAGAGGGCCCUUUUCCCUAGGCCACGAGGGCCUCACAGCCACAUACCCUUUCUGAAUAGUGUCUGAACUAAUCCCUCCACUGCUACACGCACACGCAGACACACACACACACAUGCAGACACAGAGACAGACACACAUGUACGUGAGUGCACAAACAUUUGACAUUUUAGUCAUUUUAGCAGACGCCCUUAUCCAGAGCGACUUACAUUAGUGAAUUCAUCACACCUACAAGAGCAGUAUAAAGAGUGAGUGACACACAUCUGCAUCGCCACUUUUACUACAGUAGUUACUCCUUAGCUCCCUAACUUCUUUAAUAAACUGUCAGGCAGGGGGGGGCUUUUCAAAGUCUUGUAAGAGAACUUACUAGUGCCAAAUCUUCUUUCCUUUUAGCAUAACAAAUCUUCUUUGUGUUUUGAUUGUAUGUAAUUUGAUGCGAUCAAAUCAAUCACCAUUGUUUUUAACCAAAGGUGCGAUGAUGAGUAGUGGGACUAAACCCUCGCUUUUGAUGUUUCUUAAAUGCUGUGGAAUGUUGAAAAAGGGCAAUAUGUUGUUUUUCAAAGGGACCACUCAGAAAGGGGAAAAUACAGUAUAAUGAAACUUUUCCUCUUACUCUCAGAAAAGUGUACUAUGUUCUGUUUUUCCAUUAUAUUUUGAACACUUCAUUUAUGUUUAAUAUUGGUAUACAGUAGCUUGCAAAUCAUGAAUAGUUAAAUAUUUAUACAGUAUAUGGAUCAUUUAAUCUUGGUUUGUAUAUUUUUGCUAUUCUAAUGAUCAUGAGAACAUUUUAUAUGUAUCAAAGGUUCUAUAUCGACCAAAAUAAUUGUUUCAUAAGGUUUUCUUUUAGAUCAUUAAAUUAAAGAGAUUUAUUUGUAUAUUAUAACUUUUUUUCUUAAAUGGCUGCAUUGGACAUUUUUUUAAAUCUCUAUCAAAUUAUUUCUGGGUAUCAAUUGACUGUUUUAAAUUAAUAUGGUCAAAAAUAGCUUCAAAGAUCAAUUUCUCAAGCAACAAUUUUGCUAGGACUGUCUGGGAGUGGUCUGAGUGGAGACCGAAAACCAGCUUUUGGUUUGGAACUCUUUCUUAUUGGUCUAUUAACUCAUUUACUGCAUGGUGAUGUCACCAUGGAAAGGCCAAAGCUCCAUCCCACCAAAAUAGGCUGACAUUUCAGAUGGUCUUUUCAAACUGCUUUCACACUAAAAGGGUAUUAUCAUUUUCGCAGUAUUAUUCCAACCUCUGUGGAAAUAUAUAUUUAAAACACAGGGAAAUCACUUUUGACUGCACUGGGCCUUUAAUUAAAUAUUCUGUUGCAUGUCAUCAAAUCAGGAUAAGGAGAUCCUAUAGGACCUUUAUAUUUUUGCCAUGCAGUUCACGGUAGCUAGCAGAAUUUCCGAGGCAUAGAUGCAUAUUCUCCAGGAGCACUGUGCUUAUACAAAAACAUUUACGUUGAUCAUUUUUUCCCUUUGUUCCCAAUCACGUCACUCUUAAGUGAGGAUGACAUGUUUUUAGUCAGUAUGUUAUGACAUCACCCAAAACUGGUUGAAACAAUGUCAUUACAACCAGAAACUAGUUGAAAUUAAGUUAUGACAUUUCAACCAGUUCAGCACAUGCUGGUAGUUGUAACCCCACUAGAGGCUUAAGUCCCAUCUCGCCAUUGACUCUCCUUUCUCUGGAUGUGUACUAGACUAGUUUUUACUGACCUUGUAACCGAUGACGAUGCACAGUCCUUUAUUUAAACUGGAUUUUAUAACGAGGUGUUCAACAUAUUGGCAAUAAAGAUUAUGAUUACAGCUUCGAA